AUUUGCCCUUUACAUUAUGAUUCCAAAGGUUAUCAGUAUUGCACAAUGCCAAGAGAACUAAACCUAACAGGAGAAAACACCUAACAGCUCUUUGAGAUCUCCACCAAGAAGAAAAACAGAUUUCACUUGAGGUGAAUCAAUAUCUGAUAAGGAUGUCUUCUGUUGCUGCUUGGGGCAACAACCCAACAAAUGGUUUUAAUGCCUUUACAAACCAAGGAUUUCCAGCAGAGCAAAAUGAAACUCCCUGGGUUCCUACUGCCAGUGCCCCUACUGCCGGGGCACCUACUGCCGGGGCACCUACUGGUGGGAUCACUGUAGUGGUUGACACGACACAUUGGAGACAUCAGAAACUGCCGCUAAAAACAAUCGGGGUUAUUCAAAUGAUAUAUGGGGUGGUUUUUCUUGGGUUUGGAAUUGGCUUUUUAGUCUUCGCCCCGGCUGCUCUCUAUAUUGGAUUUCUCAUCUUCAACUGUCUGUCUCACUUCAUCGCCGGCUGUCUAAGUAUUGCAUCACCACUAAACAAUCCCAAUUCCUCUUUGGUGAAAAACUCUAAGCGGGUGAGUGCAAUCAGUGUUGUAGCUACAACAAUCCUAUUGGUUAUACUGCUUAUUGACUUUGUCGUGGAUUUUGUAUAUAAGUGCAGCGAAUGGGAUUUCGACUGCAGUAAAGUUAAGCAACGGAUUACGGUGAUCACAGGAUUCCUGACGGUGUUCACGUUCUUUGCCUGCUUCAGCUCCAUGGUGUUCUUAGGGAACAGAAGUAAAGGCUGCUGCUCUGAACAAAUGGAAUCUGUUGUCAGUAUGCCUCCAACCCAAUUAGCCGACUCUUCAAUGCCCACUGCAUUCCAAGAUCCCGCCGGUCAUCAGAACUUGAGUUACAGCGAAUUUGGAGCAACAGCGAUGCAUGUGCGCAACACAUGUUCAGACGAUCCUCCAUCAUACGAGGAAUGUGUCAAAACAGACUGGCAAUGAAAAAGUUCUGAGAGGUCCUGAGAUGCCAUGGACCAAUGGGAAUGACUAAAGGACACUGAGCAGUGCUUCAUUAGUAUAUUGUAUUUUGUAUGAUGAGCAAAUGAUACAUAUUUGGAUAGAACACAUUGAGGGUUCAGGUCUAUAACAGAAAUCACAUCAAGAUAGCAUCACACUUCAGGUAAAUUAACAUUGCUGCUAAUGUAUUAAUACAGCAGAAAUUUGUAACUAACGUGUGCCAAACCAUUUAAGAGUUAUUUACAUGGAAAAUUGCAAAACAAAACAUUUAAAACGUCUUAUUGAGGAAAUUCUGAAAAUAAUGAGACAGAGACAGCUUCUCAUGUCACUGUUGAUUAGAGCUAGGCAUCACAGGGCAUGCAUCUUACCACGUCUUAAAGGAGUUCCUGGAGGUGCUGAACAAUAGUUGCUGCUUUUAUUUCACACUCUGAAGCUCCAGCUCAUCCCAAAUCACCCAUCUUAGUUUAGGGUUUAGGUCAGGGGAUUGUGGAAGACAAACACUUUUUUAGUUUACUACGUAAUUCCAUAGUAUAAAUUACAUUAAAUAAAGAAAUAAGGAAAAAGCAUUCAAUUAUAAUGUGUGUCCAGACUUAUAUAUUACAUGUAUUGAUUUACUGGGUGUGUUGUUAUAUUGUUUAAAGUGUCUGUGUAAAGAUGUGUCAUGUUGUAU